UGCAAGCGUCGUCAGGCAGGCCGGGUCAAAAUAACAUGGCCGCUAAUCGGGCAGGUAGAUACAGGGGGUCAGGCAGAGAAUGGUCGGGGUCACAAGCCAGGGAUAAAACAGGAGAAGUCAGCAGAGGUCCGGAUCAGGCAGUAGGGUCAGCAAGAACAGGAACAGGGAAUGCACGGAACAAUGAUACAAGGGCCAGGAAAAAAACACACAUCCACCAAGGCAGAGGACCUGCAGGUCUGGCCAUCCCUUAAAUACACCUGCAUAAUCAACUUCAGGUGUUUGGCUGGCUGCAGGUUUGAGUCUGCUUGAUUGCUGGGAGCACCCGCUGUUCCAGCCCUGGUACUUGCAGCCACAAGGCAUUUGAGUCCCACCUAUACUGGGAAGUCCAUUCCUGACAGUUA